CAGCCACUUGCUCGUCGAAAGGGCAAAAGCAAAGCCGACAACUUUAGAGAGAUAUGUCAGAGGAGCAGCAGAGAUCAUCAUCACUGCGUACUAUAAACGUAAGUAGAGUUCCAAACCAUUCUCUCUCAUCGCACGGUGAACCAGCCCCACCUGAUUCUCGAAUUCCUCUGAUCUUUCACCGUCGGUCAUCGCCGCCACGCAGAUGCUCGCUUGAGUCCGACCUCUUCCUUUUACUCAAACAACGAGAUCUGUUUUCCACGGUUAGAGAGGAGGAUGUCGACACCAGCAAGGAAGAGGUUGAUGAGGGAUUUCAAGAGGUUGCAGCAAGACCCACCUGCUGGAAUCAGCGGUGCUCCACAAGACAAUAAUAUCAUGCUCUGGAACGCUGUCAUAUUCGGGCCUGAUGACACCCCAUGGGAUGGAGGUACUUUCAAACUCUCACUGCAGUUCUCUGAAGAUUAUCCUAAUAAGCCACCAACAGUUCGUUUUGUGUCAAGGAUGUUCCAUCCAAAUAUUUAUGCAGAUGGGAGUAUUUGCUUGGACAUCCUCCAAAACCAGUGGAGCCCUAUAUAUGAUGUUGCUGCUAUACUUACCUCCAUCCAGUCAUUGCUCUGCGACCCUAAUCCGAAUUCUCCUGCAAACUCGGAAGCAGCUCGGAUGUACAGCGAAAGCAAGCGUGAGUACAACAGAAGAGUGCGUGAUGUUGUUGAGCAAAGCUGGACUGCUGACUAGUAGUUUGUUAGUUGUAAUCUUUGCAACUCUUCUCCUACUCUCAAAAACGUCACCUUUAAGCAACAACAGCUUUCACUUAUCUUUUCCGUUCAUGUCUUUUGUGUUUUCAAAACUUUAGUGUGCGAAGAUUUAUGAUCUUCCUUGUACCUGUUUCUUGCUCUCUUUCAAUCUAUAAACCCGCUCUCGUUUGUGUA